AUGAUGGAUUCUACUGGCUCUUCGCCAUUCGUAGAACGCCCUGCCUCGCCGGAAAGUGCACGAACACAAGUACUCUCGUUCAAGUACAAGAUGAGUUCCAUGCAAAAUGAAUUCGAAAUUGAGAAGUUGGCACUACAGAGGGAAGUUACAUUGCUAGAUAAGAAAUACCGAGGAACAUUGGAUGAACUGGAAAAGGCGAUUGACGAUACCAAGUAUUUAUACACGACCAAUGGGGAAUUAGAAACUCGCGUGCGAACUACAGAGCAAGAGCUGCUGGCAGUGACGGGCGACCGUGACGCUCAGAUCACGGAGCUUUCAAGAAGAAUUUCGCGGCAAGAUCGGGAAUUGAAUGAGUUGCGUACGUCGUCACAAUCAGAGAUAUCACUACUGGAAAACAAAUUUAAAAAUGCGCAGAUCGAAGCAGAUGGCUCAAAAACGUUGCUGAAGCGUUACGAAAGCGAGGUUCAUAGCCAGAGCCAGGAGCUCAGACAAUUGCAGGCGCAGCUCGCACAGCGGAACGAUGAAGUUGCCAGUCUGAAAGCUUCACGUGUGGUGAUGGCCCAUCAUAAUUAUUCCACAGAGGAACUCACGGAACUGAGCACCCUCAACAGUUUGCUAAAAGAGCAAAUGUUAUUCUCCCAGAAUUUGGAGCGCGCAAAUCUCGAGCAGGCCAAUGAAUUGAAAAAACUGCGACUUUCGCAAGAGGCACAAAAGUUCCUUCAAUCUGAAAAUGAAAAACUCAGAAGGAAAACUGCUCAGCUAAAAGAUAUGGAGGUCCAAAUACAGGAUUUUCAGCUUGAGAACGUUAACUUACAAUCACAACUAUCCUUUUGGAAUGAGUUUACCUCUCAGGACGGGACAUCCCAAAAGAAGCCAGAUGAAGUAGUUAAGGAAUGGUCACUUUUGAAACGUGAGAACAUAAGGCUUGUGAAUGAUAACUCAAGGCUACAGCUCGAUAUCAAUAACGUCCGCGUACUCAAUGACGAGAUGGCUCUAGAGCGCAAUCAGCUUCUGGACUUAAACAAAAAUUACGAGACAAGCAUCCUGAAUUUGAAGAAACUUAAUUACGAAAUUGACCAGCAAAAGCUUUUAUCCUUCGAAGAGUGUAAAAUCUUGAGGCGCCAAUUGAACGAAUUGAUACCGCUUGUCGACGACAAACAGAGUGAAAGACUGGAAGACAAUGGCACGUUAGAGGAGCUGGUGGAUAAUUACAGGAACAAAACUCAAGAUUUAACCAAUGAAUUGAAGAAAUUGAACGACGAAUUGAUGGAAAAGAACGAAACUUCUUCGUCACAUAAACGGCGAAAGACAGGUGACGAUGUAGCUCUCAAAUACUCGCAACGCUUGAACGAGUUGCAUAUCGAAAACUUAGAACUGAAGCGAGAGCUCACUAAUGAGCACGAAACGAUUUCUAUGUUAGAGUCUAAACUUGCCAAGAUAAACACUUUAGAUGAGAGAAGGAUUCGUAUUUUGCAACUACGGAACAGUCCGUUUAUCAAAGAUCAAUUUGUUAAGCAAGAAAGGCUCCAGCUACUACUCAAAGAAAAUGAGGAUUUGAAGCAGAAUGGGAGUGCAACAAGUCAAGAUGCGGUUCCUCGCUCCAUGUACGAGAGAAUCAAGUUCGAUUCUGACCAUCUCGAACAUGAGAUUUUUAGACUGAACAAGAAAAUUACCAGGCUACGCGAGGUGUUUAAUAAGAAAUCCCUUGAAUUUAUUGAGGUCGUCAAUUCUCUUUUAGGUUUUAAAGUGGAGUUUCAAUCUGAUGGUAAAGUAAAAUUGAACUCUUGCUAUAAACCAGAAAAGUAUCUGUUAGCGGAUCUGAAUAACAAUUCACUGAAAUCCAACUUACAAUCAGAUAUAGAAGAUUGGGACACACUACUAAAACAGCAUGUCUUUGAUCAAGGACAGAUGCCUUCAUUUUUAGCAACUGUAACCCUCAAAUUAUGGGAGCAGAGCGCUAAUUCCAAGCCUUGA